GGACUGUAGCCAAUGAGAAGGCGGAGUUGGCAGCUCAUUCGCCGCCCUUAACAAUUGCUGCGAGGUUGAAACCUCUGUGAACCUCGUCGGUGUUCCUGAUCUGUGGCUCCCACUCUCCGUAGGCUUCACCAAUACUCCAGCACCAAGACCACUUAGAAAAAUGGAAGGUAAUGGAUCCAUCGACAUGUUCUCCGAAGUCCUAGAGAACCAGUUCCUCCAGGCUGCUAAGCUAGUGGAAAAUCACUUGGACUCUGAAAUUCAGAAGCUGGAUCAGAUCGGCGAAGAUGAACUAGAGCUGCUGAAAGAAAAGAGACUGGCAGCGCUCAGGAAGGCUCAGCAGCAGAAACAAGAGUGGCUUUCCAAGGGGCACGGGGAGUACAGAGAAAUCGGCAGUGAGAGAGACUUCUUUCAAGAAGUCAAGGAGAGUGAGAAGGUGGUUUGCCAUUUCUACAGAGACACCACAUUCAGGUGUAAAAUAUUAGACAGACAUUUGGCAAUUCUGGCCAAAAAACAUCUUGAAACCAAGUUUUUGAAGCUGAAUGUAGAAAAGGCACCAUUCCUCUGUGAGAGACUGCGGAUCAAAGUCAUCCCCACACUAGCUCUCUUAAGAGACGGCAAGACACAAGAUUAUGUUGUUGGAUUCACCGACCUAGGAAAUACAGAUGACUUCACUACAGAAACUUUAGAAUGGAGACUUGGUUGUUCUGAUGUUAUCAAUUACAGUGGAAAUUUAAUGGAGCCACCAUUUCAGAGCCAGAAGAAAUUUGGGACAAACUUCACAAAGCUGGAAAAGAAAACUAUCCGAGGAAAGAAAUACGAUUCCGAUUCUGAUGAUGACUAGACUGUGCUGUACCUUAAACCUUCUGUCUGUCCUGUCUGUCUGUCUGUCUCUACUUCAGAGUUAAGUGUGUUUUCUAAAUUCUACUGAUUUCGGCCUAUUGACCAUCUGAUACUCCUGUACACUAUUUGACCAUUUUGUCUGUGGUCAUCAUGUAUAACUUGAGAGAAACAGAUAUUUUAAAUUACCUGGAAAGGGUCUGAAUUCUCUAUUUUUGUGAUUGAUUUUAUCAUAGUGUGAUUCUUCUAUCUUUAAGCCACUCACACCUCUGAUUUUAAUCUCCUGCAUUAGAAAUAGAAAUUCCGCCAACUAUUGUAAGGCCCAGUGAGUGCUGACUGUGUACCAGGCUAGGCACCAUCCCCUGGCACCACAUGCACUGUCAGUGACCUGCUUUAUGGGAGUGGGUUUCAGGAACUAUUAAAGACUUCCAUGUGUUCUGAAUGCAGCAUGUUGAAUCUGCUGAUAGCAGCAAGAAACUCAGGUUGUGAGCUCAUGGCCUUAUUGAAAGGCUGUUCAUUGCUUACGUACCAUUUUUGAGUGAUAGCAUAAGGAACUCCAUGCUCAGCAAAACAACUUUAGCAAAGGUCAAAAUUACUUUCUAAAAGUGUGAGUGUGGAAACGAUGAGAUCAUAUAGCAAACAAUUAAAAAAAAAAAAAAAAGGUCGUGUGCUUAACAUAAACCAAAAGAAUCUGAUGCCCAGAAAUAAAUAAGCCUUGGUAAGAAAAGAAAGUGUAGCACCAUCUACCAAGAUGACUCGGUGUGAAAAGGCACUUGCCACAAAACUUGGGGACUGGACCCAUUGGUGGAACGAGGAAAAGAUGUCUGCAAGUUGUCCUUUAAUGUACACACACAAUAUAAGGAAUGCAAAUGAGUUGAACUAAAGUUGUCUUGGGAUCUGGAUGCAAUCUAAAGAACUUAAAGGGGCUGGGGAGAAGGCCUGGCAGUUAAGAGCACUGGUGGUGGAUUCCUAGCACCUACAUAGUGGCUCUCAGCCAUCCACUAGCUCCCAUUCUGGGGGACUCUGAUGCCUUCUGACCUCCAAGGCCAUCAAGCACACAUGAAUCUAGGACGAAAACAACAAACCUGAGAAGUUGAGAGGAAAUAUACAGCAGAAAAGAUUGGAAUAAAAGCUGAAAAGGCUAACUAUGAAGAACUCUAUACCAAUAAAUCCUGAAAAAUGGACAAAUUCUUAGAACAACUAAAAUAUCUGAGAAAUUUGGGCAGCAGUCAAGAGAGAUGGCUCGGUGAUUACGGGCACAGUGCUCCUGCAGAGGACCCAAGUUCAGUUGGUAGCAUUCAUAGCAGGUGGUGCCUCAACCUCCAAAGUGUGAGUGAGGCUCUUGGCCUCAGCGGGCGCCUCCAUACCCAAGUGCAGACUCUGUGUGUGUGUAUACAUACAUACAUAAUAUAUAUAUAUAUAAAAUCUGAGAUGGUAAAUCAGAGCUGCCUCUGAGACUACAAAGACAAGAGAAUUAGAAAAGUAGUAUGUGUUCUCAAGAAAGAUGAGAAGUAAUUGAGAAAUCCACAAAAGUAGUCUGAAAGCCUAGGGGGAGUCUGGUGAUAACAGACGCCAAGCCAAGCAUGUGAGCUCAGUGGUGAGGGCUCCCUUCAGGUAAGCCAAGCUGCCCUGGUGAAUUGGCAUCCCCCCUUCCAGGAAGCACACAGCACUCAGACCCAGGGGUGGGCUUUGAGUCUGUGAUUCCUCCAGCCAGUGAGUCUGCAGAAGAGAGGAAUCCCAUUUGUGUUACUGUGUGACUGAGAAGGCAGGAUCCAGGCAUCACCUUGAGAGGGAACUGAGCCAUCCUGGGAGUCUGAGAAUGAAGAACAGUCACCCAACGGUGAGCCUAAGAGUAGUCGGCCAUGGUUCCUAAUGACAGACAACCUGGGAGGUGGUUAUGGAGAGUGGGAGGGCUACGUGCAAGAGACGAGUGAGGACAGUGCAGUGCACAGGGAAUAGCCCUGCCCUCGAUGCUGGGAGCAGAUUACAUCAAGUAUAAAUGUGUGUGAAGCCCUGUGCCUGAGAUCAUCGGGUGGACAAGCCAGUGAUGUUAUCCAGGUACGGCCACGGAUCCUGAAGACUGCAGCUCCAGCAAGCAGGCUCCCAUAGCCACAUCCUUCCAGCAAGACAAAAGUACAGAGAUAAAAUGUGAUGUCUCGGUUCCCACACUUCCAGUGUACUUAGGAGACUUCACCACAGCAGGCUAUCAGCCACUUCUGAGGAGAGAACCUGAAGAAUGAAAGCCUACAGGCUGCAGAGCUAAGUGUGGCCAGUAGAGGACACUACUACAUAAAGAAGGGAAGCUACUGAAGUGGAGCAAGGUCCUGUGGGAACCUGACACUUACCCAACAGGGCUUAACCAUAGAAAAGAACCCUGGCUUCCAGCAGUACACACAUCACAUCCGGCCCUGAGACUCCCCUGGCUCUUCUUUCUUUGACCUUCUGGCCUUCCCUUGAUAUUUAAUUUUUGUUCAACUCAUAGUGAUUCUUUUAUCCUAGUGUCUCAGCUCUUCAUGGAAUCAUUCAUUUUGAUGAUGCAUUUUUUUUUCACUAUCUGGCGAUCUUUUUUUUCUUGUUUCUUUUUUUCCUCUCAACUAGACUUUCAGCAAUAUUUGACUUUGUCUUACUGGGGAUGGUCUUUACUUUUUUGUUGUUUUUAAAUCUCGUGUUUUCAUUUUGUCCUUCCUUAUUUGAUGGGGAAGGUUGGGACAAGGACUCUUUACGUAGCCCUCUGUAGACCAGGCCGGCCUUGAACUAGAGAUCUAUCUGCCUCUGGAACAUGGGAAUUAAAAGUUGGUGGCACCGUG